UUUAUGAAUAUUUGUGAUAUUCAAGCUUUAGCUCAACUAAUAUAGCCUGAUGAGGAAGAAAGCACUUUUUCAAAUAUAAAUAAUAAUCCAAAUAAAGGAAGUAUUUUCGCCCCUAGCGAUAUUGGAUCUAAUGGUCAAAAAAAGGAAGUUGCCAAACCUUAUGCUUAAAUACAAGUAAAGCUAGGGCAAAAAGAAUAAGAAUAACAAGCACCACAGUAAAUAGAGAAACCAAAAUAAAAAAUUGCUGAUAAAAAUGAUAUCUGGGAUAUUGAUGAGGUAAAGUAUAUGGAUUACAAUUUAUUAGGUUUUAGUACAAAAUAGACCCAAGAUGGACAAUAGAAAAAGACCAGAUGUUGAUGUAUUAUAUAAACAAAUAGUUGGAACAGAAGAUGUUUUUGGAGGUUGGAGUGGAAUCGAUCCAAGUUCAACAAAAUGUUAAGGAUUAUUAGUAAAGAUUAAAUUACCUGAUACUAAAUUGUCAGAAAUAAAUCUAGAAGUGAUGACUCAAUAGAUAAUACUGUCAAGCACACAAUAUUAUUUAGAUUUUAUACUUCCAUAUCCAGUAAAUGAGAAAAUGGGUAAAGCAAAAUUUGUUUCAGACAAGGCAGUCUUAGAGAUAGAAUUGCCAAUUAUUCGUGAAGAAUUAUAUUGAAUAAU